AUGCAGGUUGUGAUCGACUCCUGCUGUGCAACACUUGCGGAGGUGCAGAAGAGGGGGGAGGAUUUUUGGGCAGAGUUUGAGUUAUAUGCUGCUGACAUUUUGAUCGGGAUUGUUGUUGAUAUCGCCCUAGUUGGGAUGUUGGCUCCAUAUGUUAGAUUGGGAAAGGCGUCUUCGUCAACGGGGCUGUUGGGGAGGUUCAACCGAAUGGCUGGAGCUUUGCCAAGCAGUGUUUUUGAAGCUGAAAGGCCAGGCUGCAGAUUUACAGUCCAACAAAGAAUUGGGACGUACUUCUAUAAGGGUGUUUUGUAUGGCUCAGUUGGAUUUGUCUGUGGUAUUAUCGGUCAGGGAAUUUGCAAUAUGAUAAUGAAUGCCAAGAGGAGUGUCAAAAAAACAGAUGAAGAUAUUCCUGUUCCACCACUUAUUAAAAGUGCUGCUCUUUGGGGUGUAUUCCUUGCUGUAUCAUCUAAUACACGCUAUCAGAUCAUCAAUGGUCUGGAGCGAGUAGUUGAGGCAUCACCAGUUGCAAAGGGUGCCCCUCUUGUUGCAUUGGCUUUCACCGUUGGUGUUCGCUUUGCCAAUAACAUCUAUGGUGGUAUGCAGUUUAUCGACUGGGCUCGAUGGAGUGGUGUCCAGUAA